CUGCCUUUAUUAAUACUGCUUCCCAUUCUUCUCAACUGCCCUUCAUAGCUUCGUCAUACCCAUAAAAAGUUGCAAGUUUUCCGGGGGUGAAAAGUUCAAUUUCUUCGCCUAGUUUUUUGCCCUUUUGUGUUGAUCCAAGAGAUGGGAAGAGUAAAGCUUGCGAUAAAGAGGAUAGAGAACACGACGAACCGGCAGGUGACUUUCUCGAAGAGAAGGAAUGGGCUCAUCAAGAAAGCUUACGAGCUCUCUGUUCUCUGCGAUGUCGAUGUUGCCCUCAUCUUGUUUUCCCCUUCCGGCAGGCUCACCUUCUUCUCCGGUCCCAAUAAUAUUGAAGAUAUUCUGAGCCGAUACGUCAACCUCGCCGAGAAGGAACAAGGACGGCUGAAUAAGUUUGAGUUGUUGCAAAAUGCUGUUGCCAAGUUGCAGGCUGAAAGCGACCAUCACGCUGCUUGCUUCCCAGGUGGCCGCGGCGCAGGGCCAAGUGGCUUCUCAGAUGCUUCUGACAGCCAGCUCCAGGAGUUUGAACGAGUUGGUAGAUUAAGAGACGAGAUUGAGGCCCUGCAGAGACAACUAAGGAUAUUUGAGGGCGAUGUUUCUCAAAUAAUGACAACGGGUGAGGCUGAUUACCAAGAACAAAUGCUCCACCAGACAUUACAACGUGUCCUCAAUCGUAAGCAAGUUUUGGAGAUGGAGUUGGUCGCUGCUGGUUCAAUGUCCUUUUCGCAGGUUCAGGUACCUCCUCUUGAUCAUGAUGCAAAUGACCUCGCAAUCACCACCAACGAAUUGCCUCCGACUGUCUUGGAUUGGAUUCCUCACUAUCAUGAUCCACAAAACCAAGUCCUAGACUUCCAGAAUUCCAAUGUCCUUCUCCCAUACAGGCAGCUGGCACCAACUCCUCCGGUUCAUAUCGAAGAUCUGCUCUCACAGGCUGUGGAGGAAAUGCCAGGGCACAGGACGUGGGAGGAGCUGCUGCUGUUGAGCAGUAUGGAUAAUCUCAACUGAAUGAGCAUAUUGUGCAGUAAGCAUUUGUGCUCACGGAACAUGGUGAAUCUGACCUAGCUACUGUCCAGAGAGAGAAAGAGAGUGGGCUGGGAAACAAGAGAGUGGGGAGUGAGGAUGAGAGAUAAUGGAUUCAUGGAACUAGGAAGUUUGAGUAAUAUGGGGCAGCAAAGAUAGGAAGUUCAAUGAUGAGUACAUAAUAAUUAUUAUUAUUAGUAGUAACUAGUAAGAUUAUUCGUAUAUUAUAAUUAGUGUGAAGGAAUUCGGGUACUGUACGUUAUGGGAUUGUGGUAGGUUGUGUGUUGGAGUAUGAUCAGUAUAGGGACUGUGGCUUGGCGGCCUAUUAACACGGCCGAAUAGUUUUAGGGUUAAUUAUUAGGGUUUUGGAUGUUUGUCCAAUAGAUAUGUACUUUGUGU